AUGGCCAAGGCUCGCCGUGGUACCAAGAAAUCUGUUGUAGCCAAAAGAAAGAAGGCCGCUAGCAAGAGAUCAGCCAAGCGCCUGGCUCUUACAAAUCAGACGGUAUACAAUGCCAUCGCAGCCUUGAAAGACCGCAAGGGAUCAAGCGCCAAAGCCGUUUUGGCUUAUCUCAAAUCCCAAAAUGCAACAAAAGCAGUGUCACCUCUGCAAGUAAAAGUUGCUUUGGCAAGAGGUGUGAAAUCAAGAGCGCUUAUCAAGAGUGGCGCUUCCUUCAAGCUUCGUCAAGUAUCAACUCCAAAGCCAAAAGCAAAGAAAGCAGCGAGGCUGACAAGAUCUCGCUCCCGCUCGAGAUCAGCUUCAAGUACCCGCUCCAGCAAGUCCCGAUCGCGUUCUCGUUCGCGAUCCCGCUCUCGAUCACGAUCUAAGAGCCCAGGCAGGAAGUCGGUGAAGACAGUUACUAAAGCUAAGAAGGUAGUCAAGAAGGUUACCAAAAAGCGCAAGGCCAGGCGUGGAAAAGCCGCGGCCAAGAGACGCCUCACCCCAAAAAGAAGCAAGAAGGUCGUACGCAAAGUAAAUAAGAAGGCUGCCGCACCACGAAAAAUCCGCAGAAGGCGCCGACGAUCUGCGCGCAAGUGA